AUGAGUGAUAAAGAACAUCAUCAUCACCAUCAACACGGUGAUCAUGAGCACCACCACCAUCACCAUCGUCAUAGUCAUGGUCAAAAUCACGGACAAAGUCAAGGACAAAAUCAAACAAUUCCAAUUGAUCCCAAUGCUAAUCCAGCCAACAGAAUUGGUAGAUAUCAAGUAAUUAAAACUUUAGGUGAAGGGUCAUUUGGUAAAGUUAAAUUGGCCCAACAUAUCAACACUGGUCAAAGAGUUGCGUUAAAAAUCAUCAAUCGUAAAACUUUAGCUAAAUCCGAUAUGCAAGGUAGAAUCGAAAGAGAAAUUUCAUACUUAAGAUUAUUAAGACACCCCCAUAUUAUCAAAUUAUACGAUGUUAUCAAAUCCAAGGAUGAAAUCAUUAUGGUUAUUGAAUAUGCCGGGAAUGAAUUAUUUGAUUAUAUUGUGCAAAGAGGUAAAAUGCCAGAAGAUGAAGGUAGAAGAUUCUUCCAACAAAUUAUUGCAGCUGUUGAAUAUUGUCAUAGACACAAAAUUGUUCAUAGAGAUUUAAAACCAGAAAAUUUAUUAUUGGAUGAAAAAUUGAAUGUUAAAAUUGCUGAUUUCGGUUUAUCAAAUAUUAUGACUGAUGGGAAUUUCUUAAAGACAAGUUGUGGAUCACCAAAUUAUGCCGCACCAGAAGUUAUUAGUGGGAAAUUAUAUGCUGGACCAGAAGUUGAUGUUUGGUCAUCAGGAGUUAUUUUAUAUGUUAUGUUAUGUGGUAGAUUACCUUUUGAUGAUGAAUUUAUACCUGCGUUAUUUAAGAAAAUUAGUAAUGGUGUUUAUACAUUACCAAACUACUUAUCAUCAGGUGCGAAGAAUUUAUUAACUAGAAUGUUAGUUGUUAAUCCAUUAAAUAGAAUUACAAUUCAUGAAAUCAUGGAAGAUGAAUGGUUUAAAGUUAAUAUUGAAGAAUAUUUAUUACCACAAGAAACUAAUUCUAAACAUAAAAAGAUUGAAAUUAAUGAUGAUGUUAUAAAUGCUUUAGGUCAAACUAUGGGAUAUGAAAGAGAUGAAAUUUUACAAGCAUUAAACAGAUACAAUAAUAAUCCAAAUCCAUCUAAUAAUAUGAGUAAUGAAAUCUUGGAUGCUUAUAUUUUAAUGAAAGAUAAUCAUGCAUUAGUUAAAGAUAUUAAGAAGAAUAAAUCCGAUCAAAUGGAUGGUUUCUUAUCGUCAUCUCCACCAUCAUGGGAUAAUAAUAUGAAAACUAAUAAUUCAUCAGAUACUAAUAGUAUACCAAAUACUAAUGUUGGUAUAAGUCAUCGUACACCAGGAGUUCAACAAUCAUUAACUUAUCAAACAUUAGCUCAAGUGCCAGAUUUAUCAACAUUACCAAAUAGUACAAUUGCUAUAUUACCAACAUCAUUACCAUCAAUUCAUAGAGCUUAUAUGUUGGAAAAGACCAAUAAUAAUAUCAACCAAAGUAAAUUAGCUCCAGUUAACAGUAAAAAACUGAAAACUAGAUGGCAUUUUGGUAUAAGAUCAAGAUCUUAUCCAUUAGAUGUUAUGGGAGAAAUUUAUAGAGCACUUAAAAAUUUGGGUGCUGAAUGGGCUAAACCAACAGAAGAAGAAUUAUGGACUAUAAGAGUAAGAUGGAAAUAUGGACCAACUAAUGAUUCAGGUAAUUCAAUUGAAGAAUUAUCUGAUAUGAUGAAAAUGCAAAUUCAAUUAUUUCAAUUAGAACCUAAUAAUUAUUUAGUAGAUUUCAAAUUUGAUGGUUGGGAAAAUAAUGGUAGUUUGAAAGAUGUUGAUGAAAUGAGUUCAUUCUCAGCUUAUCCUUUCUUACAUUUAGCUACAAGAUUGAUAAUGGAAUUAGCUGUUAAUAGUCAAAGUCAAUAA